GAGAAGCAGCAGCAGGUUAGCUUGUAUUAUAAGCCUGUUCCAAACUGCUGUAGUUACCUACACCUAUAAUACAGUACCUACUACAGUAGGUCGUCACAUGUAGUUUUGUGUUUUCACAACUCGUUCUUGUUCCACUUCCUCUUUGACAGCUUUGUGGGAAACCCUGUUUUGAUCAAACUUACAGAUAAACCUCCCCGUCAAAGUCGUCUUUGUGGUCUGUUCCUGAUCCCACCAUCCCAUGACUACCUUCUGCUGCACAUGUGAACACACCAGGUUUCAAGUUCCCCACAAUAAUGAAUAUGGACCAUGUGAUCACUGCUUAUAUAUUAAUGUUGGAGAUCAUUCCUCGAUCAUGAAGAACUGAAACUGCAACACUGAAACAAGAUGAAGACCUUCGUCACCCUCAUUUGUCUGAAUCUCUUAUUCUUCACCAAUGGAAUAGUACCGAUCAGCAGGGACUUUAACACACACUGUCGCUGCCUCCAGGUGGAGUCCAGAAUCAUUCCUCCAGACACUCUGAGGAGCAUCGAGCUGGUUCCUGAAGGUCCACACUGUCCAGACAUCGAGGUCAUAGCCGGUCUGGUGAACGGGAAGAAGGUCUGUCUGAACCCUCAGUCCACCUGGGUGAAGAAGCUGGUCCACUUCCUUAUGGAUAAACAGUUCCACAAACAGAGAAGAGGGACCGCCAGGAGGCAACCUUCAAUCUGAGGGCACUUACCCACCUGCACCACUGAGUUGCGCUGUUUCACUUUAAUAGCACCGUACAUAACAUUACGUCAGUCUGUUUAGCUUUUUUUUACCAAAUAUUUUCUACAGACGUUUCCUAACAGGUCAAUUAUUGUUUUUUUAGCAUUUUGUUUUACGAUCUAGAUGCUGAUUGGUUUACUUUUGUAAACCAAUCAGCUGUUAGCUGUGUUUUACUUUUGGCUAAAUGUCUAUCUAGCUAUUAGCUGCUUUUUCAACCAUACUUAGAGUAACCCUCUGUGUUUGAUACGUGUUGUAUUUGUGACUUAUCCUAGACUAUCCUUAUGUCUCCCCAUAAAUGAUUGACAACAUUUUUGCCUCUUAUCUUUGAAGUAUUAACUUUUGGCUUUUUUUUACUUGUUUGCCUUUGUUGGAAAUACGUUUUACUCCUAUUUUUAACUGUCCUCAGGUAGCAUUACGUUAGCAUAUUUUAUUGAUAUUGUUUUUAGUAGCAUGUACUGUCAUGUUGACACAUCUGCAUUUGGCUGCAGCUCCUGAAAAAUAAACACAGUCAAAAGUU